AUGUCUGAACAGCCAUCUCAAUUUAAAUUCGAAGUCGCCAUGUCCUGCUCCGGCUGUUCAGGUGCAGUCGAAAGAGCUUUGAAAAAACAAGAAGGCGUCACCAACGUUGAAAUUUCCCUUGAAUCCCAAACUGUACUGGUUUCUGCAAUCGCCCCUGCAACAUUUGAAGUUGUCAAAGAAAAAAUAGCUAAAACUGGAAAAGAAAUUAAGAAGAGCGAAAUAGUUGAUCAAGUAGCAUAA